AUGAACAAAGAAAAUAACUAUAUUAUACAUACAAUUAUACAUUCGCCUAUUGUAAACUUUGUAUUUUGUGGAGCUUUCCGAAAACCUUUUAUAAAUGAUAUACUACUGAUUAAAGAAGAUUCCAUUGAGUUGCAUGCACUUUCAGAGAAUGGUCUAACUACAUGUAUUAGUAAUCAGCCUCUUUUUAGUAAAAUUCGAGAUGCAAAAGUUUUUAAAACCAAUAAAAAGAUAUCUUAUUUAGAGAAUGACGAUGUUGUAGACGUAGAUUUAUUAGUUACUACAAAUGAAAAUGGUUAUUUAUCGUUUUCUAUCUAUAACUUUAAUUUUAAAAAAGAUGAAUAUACUAAUCAAAAUUCUGAAAACAUUAUAUUUCAACACUUAAAUAUUCAAAAUAGAUUUUAUAUUAUUGAAGAAAUAAAGAUAUCAAGUUAUGGUUACAAUUUAAAAAAUUUAGGAUAUAAAAUUGCACUGGAUCCAUUAAUGCGUUCUAUUGCAGUGAGAGAUGCCUUGGAUACUGUAGAAAUAUUCCGUUUAGACUCUUUUAAUAAGAAAAGUAAGAAUCUUAUUUUAGAGAGAAUUAAAGGUAAUCUUUCUGGUACAAUACUUCUCAUGGAUUUUAUUAAGUUUUUGGAAAACGAAAAGUUUUGUUACUUGAUUUUUUAUAUAAUUAAUUAUCGAAAAAAGCCGUAUAUUGCGCUAUGUAAAUGGAAUAGUGAAGAAUCAUUAGCUUCUAUUGAUUUUUCAUCUUUAAUAUCAUUACCUUUACUUCCAGAUUUAUCUAUACCUGUAUAUCUAGUUCCCUUCUUUAAUACUGCAGGAGAUUUUUCUAUUAUAUUUAAUGAUAAAAUAAUAUAUAUAUCUAUUUUGCAAUUUUUUUCUGAAGACUCAAAUUUUGAAUAUUUUGAUAUAAAACAUAAAGGAAUAAUUACUGCGUAUGCUAUUGAUAAAAAUGUAUAUGGAAAAAAUAUUACAAAUAUUUUAUAUCUUGGAACAGAUACUGGUGAUUUAAUUUAUGUAACUAUUAAAAAUAAAAAAAUAAAUUAUAUAAAUAUUGGAUCGGUUAAGCCUAUUGGAAAAGUAAUGGAAAUAAUAAAUUCUUUAGAUGUGGCAACUCAUUUAAUUUUUAUUUCUGGAGAUAUGUGUGAUAAUGGAAUUUAUCUAGUCCAUUCUGAAUCCGAAACAGACGAAAAUAUACAUAUUGAAAUUGAUAAAAAUAUAAAUCCAGUUUUGAUUCAAAGUUUUUCAAAUUGGUCUCCUGUCUGUGAUUUUAAGAUUAUAGAAAAGGAUACAAAUUUUUCAUUAAAUGAAACGCAAAUACAAAAUAAAAAAGACAAACUUUUUCUAUGUUCAGGAAGAGCUCCAGAGGGGAAAAUAGCAGAAUUAAAAACUGGUAUUAAAGCAAGAAUAACUUUGCAAGUACAAGAUUUUAAUGGAAUAGAAAACUUUUGGAUACUACGAAGCAGUAAAUUUAAUUCUAUUUAUAUAAUUGUAUCAUUUCCAUGGCAAACACAAUUAUUGGAAUUAACUGAAAAGGGAGAAUUAUAUGAUAGAAGUGAUGAUACUCAAUUAAAACAAGAAACAUCAACAAUUUCAGCAGGGUUAUUUAAUGAUGUAUAUAUUGUUCAAGUAACUCAAAAAAAAAUAGAAAUAUUUCCACUACCUGAUUUUAAAGAUUUAAAUUCCAAAGUACAUUGGUUAGAUGAUACACAGAUUAUUAUAUCAUCGUCUAUACAUAAUUCUAUUAUAACUAUGUUAGUAAAAACUAAGGAUUCUGUAAUAAUAUAUUUAAUAAAAUUAAAUAUUACAGAACAAAGUAUAAUUGACUUAACUCAAAUAAGAGAACCUAUUAAAAUUACAGAUGAACCAUCAACCAUGAAUGCGAUUAUUUUUGAUAUUAACUCUGAAUAUUCUAAUUCAAAUAUUCAUUUGGCUUCUACCGAUAAAAAUUCGUCAAUAUUAUUGCUUAUUGGUACCCAUAAACCGUCUUUUAUCAUAUUUGAAAUAUUAUCUACUAAUUAUAUUUCUUUUUCCGAUAUUCCUUUAGAAAAAUUUACUAAUUUACCUGAUUCUAUUCCUGAAUCUUCAUGUUUAAUAAAAGAUUCUACUAGUUUAGUGCUUUUAGUUGGGUUAAGAAAUGGUUUAUUACUUAGAUGGACAGUUAAUCACGUUAACGGAAAUAUUCAAUUAAAAUUUGUAGAUCUUAAUGCUUUUGGCUCUUUACCAUUAAAAUGUAUAUCAGAUUCUCAAUUAUUAACGGCAUAUAUAGUAGGAGAAGGAAUUUGGAUGAUAAAUUUAUAUAAUAAUACAAUCGAGAUAAAAGAAAUUAUACUAAAUUAUCAAAUUAAAACUCGCAUAACCUUGAUAUUACCAUUUAAUGAUCCUUUACGGGAAUCUAAAACGAAAUCUGUUGCUUGUAUAUCUAAAGAAGCAUUUUUAAUAGCAGAUUUAGACAGCAAAGAAUCUACAUGUGUAGAAUAUAUUGAUAUUAAAGAGAACCCUCGAAGAAUAUUAUAUGACAAUAAUUUAAAACUUCUGAUUGUUGCUUGUGAUUUAUCAGCAUUAACAAUACAUGAUUCUUUUUUAAAUAAAAAGUUUCAAAAUAGCUGCGAUCUCAAGUUUAUAAAUUUAACAACAGGAACUAUAAUUUCUAAUAACCCAUUAUUCGAUGAUAAAACUAAAGAAUACAUUUUUGAUGCACAAGAAACUAUAUACGCUUUAUCAGAUUGGACUAUAUUUGACAAAAAUAAAUCUUAUCAUUAUAUAGUCGUUGGAACAUCCAUAAAUAGUUUUUCUGGAGUUUCUAAAGGGAAUUUACAUAUUCUUGUAAUUUCUUAUAAAUCUGAAAAAGUUGACGUAAAAAGAAUAAAUAAAAUAUUAUUGGAUUAUCCAAUAUAUUCUAUUUCACUUAUUGGAAAAUAUGGUCUCGCAUUUUCAUCUGGUAAUAGUAUUUUUAUAAAGCAAUUUGAUAUAGAAACAAAAAAGUUCAAAGAACUCUCAGUAAAAUAUGAACUUGAGUCUUCCGUUAUUUCAAUAAAAGUAAAAAAUAACACUAUAUAUGCAUUAUGCCAAAAGGAUUCUAUUACUAUGUUAAAUUACGAUCCAGUAGAAAAUUCAUUAAAACCAGUUAUGAACGAUGCAACACCACGAUUAUCCUUAGAUAAUUUUGUAAUCGAAAACAAUGUGUUUUGUUCGGAUAAAGAAAGGGGACUUAUUUGUUUAACUAAAGACCAUUUUCAAAAAAAUAAAAACUUUUAUUUGGAUUUUUUAAUAAAACUACCAAAUUCUGUUUCUAAAUUCCAAAAAAUAUUUGGAAAAAAAUAUUAUUAUCCGUUUAUUAUUGGAAGUGGUAUUGACGGUUCCUUUUAUUCAAUAAUGUCAUGUCCAAAAGAAGAUUUUGAAAUUUAUCAAGCAUUAAUAUCUUAUUGGUUGCAAUUUUCAAAUAACAAUUCAUUUAUGGAUAAAGAAAAAUUUUCAAUACUUGGAAAAAAUUGUCUUGAUGGUGAUUUUUUAAAAACAAUUGUCUUACAUAAUUGGGAUAAUUGUAUACCGAUUUUAUCUACUACUGUUUUGGAUUAUCUUGACGAUAAUUCAAAGAAAAAUCAUAUAUUAAAAAUGAUAAAAUUAUUACGUUCUGUAUUUUCUCAAUCUAUUUUUUAG